AAGAAGGGAAAGGCAAAAGCGGAUCAGCCUUCCGCACCUGUGACCAGUCUCGUCUCUGACGAAGUUGAUUUUCCUCGAGGGGGUGGAUCGAGCUUCACGCCAUUAGAGGUCAAGGCUAUUCGCGCAGAGGCGGUGAAGGAAGCCAAUGAUGAGCUGUUCCAGGUAUAUCGGAAACGGCAGGAUAAACCAGCGAAGCGCGUAAAGCGCAAAUCUGAUGCAAAGAGCGCAGGUAAGAAGGUGGCGAAAGGAGAGAAAAGCGAAACCGUUCGUGUAGAACAUCUCAACUACAAG